AUGGCCACUCAGUAUACCCCCUCCAAGACACCCUCGCGACGCGUGCUUGGGGAUCUCACCCCAAAGGCCAUAAAUACGCCCUCCACCCCUCAUGGACCGUCUGAGGUCGCUCGAGCCCAAAGCCCGCUGAAGCAGGUUACUACGCACACCCCGACCAACCCUGUCGGCAAGGAAAACCUCAUGACUCCCCAGACCAACUCAAACAGCAAGAAGAGGGGCAUAGAAGACGUCGACGGCGCUGAGGCCGUUGAGAGUGUGAAGAUGCUUGCCCACGCCCGCAACGAGAGUCUUCCUACCGCCGGCGUGCGCCUAACCACUGAUGCGGUGCAGAAGCAUACGGAGAACAACCCUAUUGGCCUCGCAGAUCCUGGAUCUCCCACCGAGCGCGCUACACCAACACCCUCGCCCGAACCAGAGCCGUUACAAGCCUCCCAGAAGAGCAACCAGUCCUUCUCCGACCUUCUCAACUACGAGCUGUGUGCCAGCCAGAAGAGCGAACAUGGAGAACGUGUAGCUAUGCCAGCGGCUCCCCCCGCACCAGCACCCGUGGAAGGAAAGAGGAAAUCGCGUGCCGAACAGUUGCGCACGCGUCUCAAGUUUGGACUGUAUAAGCUCAAGACAAACCAAGUCACGAAACGCGACGCGGAUAUCAUUGGACCCUAUGAAGCUCGCGCCUCUUACUCGUCGGACGCGCUCAACGCGUCAAGAUCAACAGCCAUGACAACUUCACGCGAAUCUCUAGGCGAUCCCCGCGUACCCAACAUCACCGUAUCUUCUCCACGACGCGAUCAAGGGCCAGUCUUCGUGAGGGCCAAUCUAGAUCCCUUCCACCCGAUCUCCAAACUCGGUCCCGCACCCGUUCAAUUCGCCAUACCCCAAGGCAACAUGCCCGCAUCAUCGCGCAUGGUGCCCGGCUAUGCAUUCACGUCUUCACCACCCGGGCCUCAACUGCCCCACUCAGUAGCCCCCGAUCAACUCUCGUCGCCUGUGCGACCCAGGAAUUACUACCCUCCGCACUCUGACUCAAGAACACGAAUGGGUGAGCACGAUGCAGAGCGCAUCAACGUGCAGGAAGAGAACCCGCACUACAGGCUUCAAAGAAUGAAGCAACAACACUACAGUCUGGCUAGCAGUGUCGGCGGUGUUAAGAGCGACGCCGCAGAAGGCCUGCUACAACUCAUGCAAGAUACACGGUAG